CAAACGAUUGAUUAUUUUGAAAUUGGACUUUCAUCUCCUUUUAGAAAAGCACUCUUUGUGUUUAUAUGGUACUUUAGAAUUGGAAGAAGUCCUUCAACUUUCCUGUGGUUCAAGAAUGUAUUUCCCAAGUACUCUAUUUCAAUGAGUGCGCAUUAAAACAGACAAAGUGAAUUCCAUUAUGCAGUACAGACGAUGAUAGUGGUGUAGUGCUCUAGUUAGUAGUUAGUUAGAACUAACUCCAUGUUGCAGUGUUAUAUUGAUCGAGAAAAAAAUCUUCCUUCAGCAUUCUUAGACUUUUCUGUACUUUAAGUUCUGCGAUGCCUGUGUCACCUUCUGUCUCGACCUCGGUUAGCAUCUGUCCACCUUCAUCAUGGACAAGACUGAGUCCAUCGCCACUGUGGACGACGCCAUCAAAAAACUUGCCCUUCUCGAUUCAAAAGACAAGAUUUGGACUCAGGAAAUGCUCCUGCAAGUCACUGAUAAGGCAGUCAGGCUGCUGGACUGUGACACCCAGGAGGAGCUGGAGAACUUCCCCCUACCCACAAUCCAUCUGUCUCAGGCCGUGCUAAAUCAGACGCGUUACCCGUCCGUGCUGCUGCUUGUGUGUCAGGACAAUGAGCAGCACCGGCCGGACAUCCACUUCUUUCACUGUGACGAGGUGGAGGCUGAAUUGGUUCAUGCAGAUAUAGACAGUGCCCUCGGAGAUAACAAAUAUGGAAAGAAAUCGAGGCUUCAGACACUCAAAAUUAACCAGGAGAAAAUGAAGCACCGAAGAGAGACCAUCCUUCCCCAGUCGCCCCCCAAGGCCGCCCCUGUUCCAAAGGGACGCGUUGCUGCCCCAAUCCCGCAAGGUGAGAAUUACCAUGAUCGAAUCUGUAAAAUUUGAAUGAGAAAGAAAAGU